UGCAUCAAGCGAUUUUGGAAUUGCUAGCAAAUUUCAUUUGUGAGUUUGAAUAGAACGCCCAAACCAAAUAGACAAAUUCUCAAGUUCUCCGAAAAUGAACAUCAAUAUAUGGAGCUCAAGCCAAAUGGCUGGCACUGGCGGGGCCCUAAAGGCCCUGGCGAAGAACCUGUCUAAUCAACUGAAUCUCAGUCGGACGGAAAUGAAGCGCGUGGUGGCCCGUGUCAUAUCGGAAUGCCAUGGCCGGGAUUAUAUGGGUGAUUAUCAUGGGCACAUGUUCUAUGUGAAGCCGGACCGUAUUGAUUUGACCCAACAGAUCACUCAAUCGAAGGAGGCAUUCGACGAGAUGCUUAGUCAGAAACGAAUUCGCUCCAGGAAGGAAGCUCAGAAUCCGUCUGGUUCCCGUUCCCGCUCCCUGACAUGCAGACUGGCAGUGCAGGCGCAGCCGCAGAGAAGCCUCACUGGCGUCAUCAUUGACAAGCUUCAUCGGCAAACACGCACCCGUCCCACACCAAAUAUGUGUGGCGAACAGUCUGCUCCGAACAGUCGAAUCAUCUCAACCAAAUGCAAGCGACGGAUCAAACCCAAGCGUCUGCCGGCCCCAUCUAUGCAAUACAGGAAAAACAAAAGCCAGGCGCAAACAGCACAAACUAAACUUGGGCCCAGAUCUCUGGCGAAGGUUCGGAGCGAAAGCAAACCCAAGCCUCUCGCCAAAAAGAAGUCCUUUGCGAAGGCGGAAACCAGGGCACCAGUUGUGAAGCAACCGAAAAUCCAUCGGAUUCGGCAGCCCGCGGGCGACGCAAUGCGAGCAAAGACGUCAGUAUUUUGUAUGACGCCCAAGUCAAGAAACAAUCAACGCAGCCGGACAAUGAUGUCACCAGUCAAAGCUGGUCCCACAACCAAAAAGACUGGCAUCAUGAAGAAGCAAAAGCAAGGCAGCAGUACACUGCCCAAAAUGAUGAGCAACAAAAGCGGCGGCAAUGCCCCACAGCAGUCCUUGCCAAAGAAGGAUAAGAAGCAUUCGAAGCGACUCUCUGCUGGUGCCAUUUGGGCCAGGCCCAAGUCCAAGCCCAAGCCAGUCGACAUGAAGCCCUUACGUAAUCCAUAUCAGUCUCAAAACGGUGCUGGCACCAGCUAUCAGCCUAAUCGCGCUAGGAAUGCCAAGUCGAAGAACAAAUUGUUGCCAGCUGGCGGGAAUAGGCCGACAAAGUCGUUGAAUAGCAUCAAGCGAAUCAAUCGAAAUAAGCGUUCAAUAACGCGUCUGGCCAAGCAUCUGGAGCGGGAGGAGGCCAUUGACGAUUUGGAGCGCUUCGAGGCGCGCAACAUGCGCACCUACCGACCCAAGGAGUGCGUCCACAUUGAGCGGGCGAGGCACAGCAGUCGCCCCUACAGUAUCAGCGCUCGCCUCAAGCAACUGGCCCUGCCAGCGAUGCAUCGACGUUAUUUACCAUUACCGGCAGUUGUGUCCACCAAUGCCACCAUCUGCAAGCCAAGUAAGAAACGUUGCAGGCGCAGUGUCCAAGUGGACACCAGCUUGGGCAGCAUUGGGGCCCUGAAGAACACCUCACGGACAGGCCUAUCGCCAGCCAAACGCAACCUAGCCCUGGCCUUUCUGCACAAUGAGGGAACACGCAGUCCACGCAACAAGUGCAACGUGCUCUGGCGAUAGUUAGUCGAAAUUAAUUUUGGUUUGAGAACGUUCUUUGUUUUGGGAAGAGACUCAUUUGGCCGUCUUAAAAUUUCUGGUAUUAAAUAAACUGUUAAAAAUCACAAUAAGC